AUGGCUUUGUCAAAAGCACAAUUACCAAGUACACCUCAACACUUUUUAGAGUGUGGUAUUGAAGACUGUGAGAGAAACUGUGAAUUCUACUGCAAUAUUUGCCACACAAGAUUAUGCAAAAAAUGCAGGGAUGAACAUCAAAGAAGUCUAGAGACGAAAAGCCAUGAAGUAGUGCUAUACCAACAAUGGAAACGGCAACUACCCACAGAAAAAUGCAAGAUCCACCCCACCAAGGAUAUAGAACUUCUUUGUGAUGAAUGUAAAAUCCCGAUUUGUUCCAAAUGCACCGCAACACCAGCACAUAAAGGUCACACAUUCACUGACCUGGAAUUAAUUUAUUCAGAGAAGUUUUCCCAUUGUCAAGAAGAAAUUGCAAAAAUUCAUGAGUAUUUCUUGCCAACAUCUAAAGAUUUACAAAGAGAAAUUAACGGAGAUGUCACAGAAAUCAAGAAGAUCAUGGACAACAUAAGAACCUCCAUGAAGACUGAAGCUGAGUCCGUUAAAAUUCUGGUGGACAAAGUGACUUCUGAAAAUAUGGAAGAAGUAAACAAAAUAGAGCAGUCAUUCAUGGAAAAAUUAAAUAAUCAAGAAACAACAAUAGAAAAGUAUAUAACCUAUCUCAAUGACCUGGAUAAGAAGUUCCAUGUUUAUUUGUCCUCUUUGAAGCCUUCAAAACUUUUCACUGCAGAGGAUAUGCAAAUCCAACCCAUACCAGUGACAACAAAACCAGUAAUGCCUGUAUUUACUGCUGGAAAGUAUAGUGAAGAUGAUAUUGCCAAUUUACUGGGGAAAGUUACUUUUCCAAACAUAGAAGAAGAGGCGAGAAAAGCACAGCCCCUGAAAACAAAAACUCCAAAAUCAAUUCCGAAAUCAACAACCUAUCAAGUAAUGAAAGACAGUCAACCGGAAUCUAAUGUGAAACAAACACAGUCUCUGUCUUCCUCUGUCACUAAGGUCAGGGAGUUCAAAGUACCAGGUGUUGACUGUAUAUUCCAUAUGUCACUAGAUCAGUCAGGCAGACUCUGGGUUAGUGAUGAUGAUAGUAACCUUGUCCAAACAGAUCUACAGGGGAAUCAGCUACAGAAGAUACAAACCAGUGGUGGAGGUGGUUACCACGCAGUGACACUGGACGGGGAUCUGAUCUUUACAGACAUGCUCAAGAAAGUCAUCAACAGGAUAACACUGGAUAACAAUAUCACUGAAUUCAUUAGAACAGGAGACUGGUUACCAAUCAGCAUACACUCCUCCCACAUCAAUGGGGACUUACUUGUGGGUAUGGGGAAGAGGGAUGGGGUAAAAGUCACCAGGUACAACAAGACAGGGAAAGAACUACAGAACAUACAGAGGGAUAACAAAGGACAGGGACUGUAUAGUAAACCAUACUACAUAACAGAAAACAUCAAUGGAGAUAUCUGUACAUCAGACUGUAGUAAAAAGGCAGUAGUGGUGGUAAAUAAAUCAGGACAACACAGAUUCUCCUACACAGGUCAGGGGUCAAAGUAUCGUCCCCAUGGAAUCUGUACUGAUGUCCUCGGUCACAUACUGGUGUUUGAUAUGCAGAAUAUUCACCUCCUUGAUAAGGAUGGUCAAUUCUUAUCUCUACUAAUCACACCAAAACAAGUAUCUUGUCCCAUUAGUGUAUGUAUGGAUGAUGAGAACAAUCUUUAUGUGGGACAAGAUAACAACACAGUAAAAGUAAUUAAAUAUCUCCAAUAAAGACCGAAUAAAUAGUGUGCUACUGUAUUUUUCACUAGAAGUUUAAGUAUCUUUUAUUUAUUCUCCGUAUAAUGGCAGAUAUAAUU